UCCGGCGGCUCGCACAGCGGCUCUCAGGGCGUCCGGCCCUCCGGGGUGUAUUUCUGGCUGCCAUGGCCGCCCUCGGCUUGCGGGCCUUCGGGACAAAGGGGCUCGGCUGGCUCCGGCGCAACCCGUGGGCCCCGCUCUCCGCCGGCUUCUGCAGCAGGGGGCCCGGGCCGCGACCCACCAGCGCGCGGCAGCGGGAAGGCAUCAGGAACAUUGUCUUGAGUGAUCCAAAGAAGAGGAACGCACUGUCAUUAGCGAUGCUGAAAUCUCUCCAAAGUGACCUUCUUCACGAAGCGGACAGCAAAGACCUCAAAGUCGUUAUCAUCUCAGCGGAGGGGCCUGUAUUUUCUUCUGGGCAUGACUUAAAGGAGCUGACGGAUGAGCAGAGCCCGGAUUAUCAUGCCGAAGUAUUUCAGACCUGUUCUGAGGUCAUGAUGCUGAUCCAGAACCACCCGGUCCCCGUCAUCGCCAUGGUGAACGGCUUGGCCACCGCCGCCGGCUGUCAGCUGGUUGCCAGCUGUGACAUUGCCGUGGCGAGCGACAAGUCCUCUUUUGCCACUCCAGGUGUGAACAUUGGGCUCUUCUGCUCCACCCCUGCGGUUGCCUUGGGGAGAACAGUGCCGAGAAAGCUGUAUCUGUAUUUUAACUGUCAAAGCAGUGCAGGUGCUGUGGUGAAGUUCCGGGCAGUCACCGCUGGCUCCGACAGGGAUGUCAACAGCCUCUUCCAGGAGCCUCUCGAAACCAGUCAGGCAGGUGCAGUGGGCAGUUUCCACAGGGACCUGGUGAUGUUCUUUCUGACCGUUAUUUUACUCAAUAUCAUGCCUGGUUACUGUGAGGAGAAGAGGUUCCACUUAGAAACCAUCCAUCUUUGCAGCAGGACAGAGCUCAGUGAUAACGCAGCUGCAUUAGGGUUCUCUGAGAAUCAGAACAAGUAG